AUGUGCCACACCAGCUGCUCCACGGGCUGCCAGGCUUCCUGCGGCUCCUCCGGCCCCUGCCAGGCGUCCUGCUGUGUGCCCGUGAGCUGCAAGCCCGUGUGCGUGCCCGUGAGCUGCAGACUCGCCGUGUGCGUGCCCGUGAGCUGCAGGCCCGCGUGUGUGCCCUCCUGCCAGUCCUCCGUGUGCGUGCCCGUGAGCUGCAAGCCCGAGUGUGUGCCCUCCUGCCAGUCCUCCGUGUGCGUGCCCGUGAGCUGCACACCCACUGUGUGCGUGCCCGUGAGCUGCAGGCCCGCGUGUGUGCCCUCCUGCCAGUCCUCCGUGUGCGUGCCCGUGAGCUGCAAGCCCGAGUGUGUGCCCUCCUGCCAGUCCUCCGUGUGCGUGCCCGUGAGCUGCACACCCACCGUGUGCGUGCCCGUGAGCUGCAAGCCCGCGUGUGUGCCCUCCUGCCGGCCCUCUUGCCCCACCCUGGUCUGCAGACCCGUGUGCUGUAGCUCCCCAUGCUGCUUCUGA